CGGGUGUGGUGAAUAAACUGCAGUGACGAGUGACGUGAGUCAUAGUACUACACGAAAGUCUCUUUGUGGUGUUUCUUUCUUGUUUAAAUUCGUAUUUUUGUAUCAGCCAGUCAACAUGUCUGCCCGUAAAACAGCAGGUCGUCGUGCAACCACGAAAAAACGUGCACAACGUGCCACGUCAAAUGUUUUUGCAAUGUUUGACCAAGCACAAAUUGCAGAAUUCAAAGAAGCAUUUAACAUGAUAGACCAGAACCAUGAUGGUUUCAUAGAUAAAGAAGAUCUUCACGAUAUGCUUGCAUCUCUUGGAAAGAAUCCUACUGAUGAAUAUUUAGAAGCUAUGAUGAAUGAAGCACUUGGUCCUAUUAAUUUUACAAUGUUUCUAACCUUAUUUGGUGAAAGACUUCAAGGUACAGAUCCUGAAGAUGUUAUCAAAAAUGCAUUUGGUUGUUUUGAUGAAGAAAACACUGGUCAUAUAAAUGAAGAACGUUUGCGUGAACUUUUGACGACAAUGGGUGACAGAUUCACCGAUGAUGAUGUUGAUGAAAUGUACCGUGAAGCACCCAUCAAAGGAUCAAUGUUUGAUUAUUUAGAAUUCACACGAAUUUUAAAACAUGGAGCUAAAGAUAAAGACGAACAGUGAGCAUUUAUAUAAUCCUUGGUAUUUCUGUACAUCAGGACCUGUCUCUCUUCUAUCAUAAAAAAGAAAAAGUAUUAAGUUCUAUCUUAUUUCUAUUUUCACAAAGUAUGAUGUUUAAUACAUUUAUUUAUAAAAAAAAAAAAAAAAACAUUUUGACAUUUGAAACAAAUCUUUAGUUUUUAGUAAUACAGUUUUUAUCCAUAACCAUGAUAUAUCUAUAUUAUUCUAUUUAAUUUAUGCCAUGUUGUUUUUAAUAUAUAUAAUAUUAGAAAAAGUAUAUAUGACGUUAAAACUUUGGUUAUGGUAUAGAAAAGAAAAAGGAGAUGAAUUCUGUGCAUUAUAAACAAGGGGAUCAGUAAUAUAAAAAUUAUUGAACUCUUUCACCACUUUAUUGUGGUGUAUAUAUUAUAAUAUUAAUAAUAAUAAUAAUAAUUAAAACAACAAGGCGAUAGAUAGGAAAUACAUAUUUAAGAUAUACUUACAAUCUUGUAACUGUUGUAGAUUUGGCAUUUAUAUUUUAAUAUAAUAAUCCAUUAUGAAUAUGA